AUGGGUUUCUCUGCCGGUUCUCUCGAUAAGGGUGCCAACCUCUUCAAGACUCGUUGCGCUCAGUGCCACACUGUUGAGGAGGGUGGUCCUCACAAGGUUGGUCCUAACCUUCACGGUGUUUUCGGCCGUCAGUCUGGUCAGGCUGAGGGUUACUCCUACACCGACGCCAACAAGAAGAAGGGUGUCCACUGGGACGAGGAGACCAUGUGGGCCUACCUCGAGAACCCCAAGAAGUACAUCCCUGGUACCAAGAUGGCCUUUGCUGGUUUCAAGAAGGAGAAGGACAGGAACGACAUCGUUACCUACUUGAAGGAUGCUUGCUAA